AAAUAUGGUAAUUUUAUCAUUGCUGUUGGUACCUUCUUAAAAGAGGCGCGUAUUUUUGAAUAAUCUCUUCUAGGUUAAGUCUUCUCUUGUUUGUUCACAAAAAAGACCACAAUGGACAAAGAUAACGAAACCACUGGUAAUUGCCCUAUUUGUGAUAAAUCAUUUUCAUUGAACUUGAUCGAAAAUCACGUCAACAAGUGUAUUUUCCUAAACUCGGCGGAUGCUGAAGAAAUGCCCAAACGAAAACGCUCCCCUUCGCCAGUUAUCCCUCAAAAUUUCACAGGAAAACCAAAAUCCACCCAAAAACUCGAAUUAACUUCACCAUCUAAAAAAGCAAAAACUUCAAGCUCGUCUUCAACUAGCACCAAAGAGAACCCCCUGACAUUCACGACUCCUUUGGCCAAACAACUCCAACCCAAAAGUUUGGACGACUUUAUAGGCCAAAACCACGUCUUGGGUGAAAACACCGUGCUGAGGACACUACUGGAGAAAGGAGACAUCCCAAAUAUGGUGCUGUGGGGGCCUCCCGGUUGCGGCAAAACCUCCCUCUCGGGAGUUAUCCAAGGGAUAUGUAAAAGUAACCCCACGAAAUUGAAAUUUGUGUCAUUAUGCGCGGCGACUGCAGGAGUCAAGGACGUGCAAAAUGUGGUCUCGGCAGCGAAAUUGCAGCAGAAAUUCGGGUGCCGCACUGUGCUAUUCAUGGAUGAGAUUCACAGAUUUAAUAAAAAACAACAAGAUAUUUUCCUGUUGCAUGUGGAGAAAGGGGACAUCGUGUUAGUAGGGGCGACCACUGAGAACCCCUCGUUUACUGUAAAUUCGGCGCUUUUGAGCCGCUGUCGUGUCAUUGUCUUGCAGAAAUUGGAGCCCGAUUGCUUGUAUAAAAUUCUAGAACGUGGGGCUAGGAAUUUCAAUGUGGAAAUUGUAGAUACAGGGGCCAAGAGUAAAGGUUUUGCAGUUCAAGCAGAUGCUCUUAAGUGGUUGGCUGAUAUAAGCGAUGGGGACGCUAGAAUUGCCUUGGGAAACCUUCAGCUAGUUCUCCAAUACAACGAAGUUAAAAAUAAAGUUGUUACGAUCGAGGAUAUUAAGGAAAAAAUCAAGAAAUCUCAUUUGUUGUAUGAUCGCAAAGGGGAAGAGCAUUAUAAUGUCAUUUCAGCCAUGCACAAGUCAAUCAGGGGCUCAGAUGCUAAUGCUGCUCUUUAUUGGACCACAAGAAUGAUAGUCAGUGGAGAGGACCCUCUAUUUAUUGCUCGCAGAAUGGUCAGGGCCGCUAGUGAAGAUAUUGGUAAUGCAGACCCGAGAGCUCUACAAUUAGCAGUCACUACAAUGCAAGGAUGUCAGUUAUUGGGAAUGCCCGAAUCUGAUGUACUUUUGGCCCAGUGCGCAAUUUAUUUAGCUAGGGCCCCAAAAUCAAGAGAGGCCGAUUCGGCAUUAGCUAGAGCAAAACAGGCCAUCAAAAGUUGUGAGGGGUUGCAACCCUCUGUCCCUAUGCACUUGAGGAAUGCUCCAACCAGAUUAAUGAAAGAUUUAGGAUAUGGUAAACUUGAAGGUAGUGAAAGGUACUACAUGCCACCAGAACUCAAAGAUGUGGACUUUUUCAAAUAAUUUCUAUCACCAAAUAUUUUUAUAUUCUUUAUUUUAUCAAAUCUGUAAUAUACAGACUCCUACAAUCACUGUUAUUGUAACAGGAAUAUAAUAACUAAAAUGGA